AUGGGCAGUGCUGUUAUGGACGAGAAAACCACCAUGGAAGCAGUUGAGCAUGUGGAUCAUAAACGCGAACCGUCGAUACUGGAUCCUGAGAAGCCGGUUGUGGUGAGGGAGGGCGCGGAUCGGUUUGGUGCGUAUGCGAAGACGGACCCGCUUGAGAUCGCUCUUGUGCGGAAGAUAGACUUGAUCAUGAUGCCCAUUCUAUGGGUCAUGUACUUCCUGAACUUCCUCGAUAGGAAUGCGAUGGUUAAUGCCAAGCUGAAUGGGAUGGAUAAAGAUCUGAAGCUCAAAGGAACGCAGUACAAUACUCUUGUUUCGAUUCUUUUCGUGGGGUAUCUGUUGGGACAGGUGCCGUCGAAUAUGAUUCUCAACAGAGUCAAGCCAGCGUGGUUCAUGGGAGGCUUCAUGAUGGCGUGGGCUCUUGUGUCUACCUUGAGUUGCCUCGUCAAAGACUACCACGGCAUGCUCGCUGUGCGUUUCCUCCUCGGAGUCGUGGAAGCACCAUUCUACCCCGGCGCGCUUUACAUGAUCAGUCAAUUCUACACACGCAAAGAGGUAGCCACGCGAAUGUCAAUUUUCUACACCGGCAACAUGCUAGCCAGCGCCUUCUCCGGGCUCAUAUCCGCAGGCGUGUUCUCCGGUCUAGACGGCGUGCAUGGCUGGGAGGGCUGGAGAUGGCUAUUCCUAAUCCAAGGCGUAAUCACCAUCUUCGUCGCCAUAGUGGGGAUAUUCCUCCUGCCCAAUGCGCCCCUGGAUACGUGGUGGCUCACGCCGGCACAGCGCCAGCUAGCACACGCGCGUAUCGAGCGCGAUAUCACUGAACGCCGGGCGGGGACGAGCACGAUGACGGGGCUGUGGGAAGCAGUUACUGAUUACCGCACUUGGUUGUUCUGCCUGAUGAUCAACUUGCAUCUGUCUGCGAAUGGGUUUAAGAACUUCAUGCCGACUGCUGUCAAGACGCUGGGCUUCAGCACGAACGUCACGCUUUUCCUAACAUGUCCCCCGUAUCUGGUAGCGACAUUUGCGUCGAUUGCCGUGUCCUGGUCAUCGGGACGGUACAACGAGCGCACGUGGCACAUCACGAUCUCGAAAGCGCUCGCCAUAAUCGGCUUCGCCGUUGCGUGGGGGACAUUGAACACAGGCGGGCGAUACUUCGCUAUGGUGCUGUUCGUCGGCGCCACGUACGGCGUCAAUAAUAUCGGGAUGGGCUGGGUUGCUUCGACGCUUGGUCAAACGAACGAGAAGAAGACUGUGGCUGUUGCGCUUGCGAAUUGCAUUGGCAAUGUUGCUAGUGUGUACACGCCGUACCUGUGGCCAGACUCGGACGCCCCGCGUUUUGGAACAGCCAUGGCUGCCAGUAUUGGGUUCUCGGCUGGGGUUGUUAUUUGCGCUUGGAUUAUGAAGUUCAUUUUGAUACGACAGAACAAGAAAAUCAGGGCAACGGAAUCUGAAGCUAAUAACUUUUAUGCGUACUAA